GAACAGACCCCUCUCACAUCUCUCUACAUGGGAUCGCUAAUAAAAGAGGCCGGAUUCCCUCCAGGAGUUGUUAAUAUCUUACCAGGAUUCGGACCAACAGCUGGAGCUGCCAUCUCCCACCACCCUAACAUAGACAAAGUUGCUUUUACAGGUUCCACAGAGGUUGGUAAACUGAUUAAAGAAGCAGCUUCUGCCAGCAAUUUGAAGCGCGUCACCCUGGAACUUGGCGGGAAAAAUCCAUGUAUUGUGUUCGCAGAUGCAGACCUGGAGCUGGCUGUAGAAUGUGCCCAUCAAGGGGUUUUCUUCAACCAAGGCCAGUGCUGCACGGCAGCCUCUAGAGUCUACGUGGAGGAAUCUGUGUACCCAGAGUUUGUGAGACGCAGCGUGGACAAUGCCAAGAGACGGAUAAUUGGAGAUCCAUUUGAUUUCAAAACAGAGCAUGGUCCUCAGGUUGACCAGGAGCAAUUCGAUAAAGUUCUGGAAUACAUACAAAGUGGGAAAGAUGAAGGAGCCAAAUUGGAGUGUGGUGGUUCUGCCGUUGGGGAACGAGGAUUUUUCAUUAAGCCGACUGUCUUCUCUGAAGUGACCGACGACAUGAGGAUUGCCAAGGAAGAGAUCUUCGGACCCGUCCAAUCCAUUCUGAAAUUUAAAAGCACAGAGGAUGUGAUCAAGAGGGCCAACAACACGGGAGUACGGACUGACAGCCGCCGUCUUCACUGAGAGCCUGGAUAAAGCAUUGAGUGUGGCC